AUGGACGCUCUAAACGCCAACGAACAGCGCGAGCUGGCAAGCCGCAUGGAAAAGAAGCAGAUGAAAGAAUUCAUGACGGUCUACUCCAACAUUGUCCAACGCUGCUUCGAAGACUGUGUCAGCGACUUCACGACCAAAUCGCUCAUCAGCCGCGAACAGGGCUGCGUCAACCGCUGCUUCGACAAGUUCAUGAAGGGCUCUGAGCGCAUCAAUCAGCGCUUCCAGGAGCAGAAUGCGCAGAUGAUGCAGUCGGGGCAGAUGGGGGGGAAAUAG